AGAAUAAAUUCACAAUGUAUCGAUUGAAGAGUCUAAUAAAGUGUCUCCAAGCUUCUUGAAAUAUUAUCAGAAAUUGCAAUCGCUUGUUUGUGAAUGAAAAAUACGUAGCGGCAGCCUUAAGAGUCGAUAGAGGGCCCAGGCAACAUUUGGUGCAAGAUCCGGUUCGAAAAGCAGCCGUCAUUUAUGCGGCGCUGUGAGCACUGAGCCUGAGGCCUAGUGAACCUCGACUAGCAUCGUAUCAGGCAGCAGCUACUUCCAACCCAUCGCCCUUUAAUCUAGACGCUUGUUCCCUCCAUACACAUAAAACACCUCCCAACUUGAUUUUUGUACUGCUCGAGAAUUGGCGAACAGUGGUUUCUCCCAUAACAUGGUUCCUGAAGAAUUGCUUUCGACCCUUCGACAAGAAGUUUGUGCGUUAGAAAGUAGAAGGAAAGACCUGUUGGCCCGCCUUGAAGAAACGACCACGUCGCUCGUCGAAGUUCAAUCACUUUUGACAAGAAAAACGGUGCAAGCACAUACAAUUCAAAACCUUCUUGCACCCGUGUCUCGUCUUCCAGAUGAGGUCCUGUUGGCUAUAUUCGAAGAAGCAGUGCGAACUCAGGAGCAAGGACAAAUCACACGGACGGAGAUAGCCAUAUCCUGCACUUCGCAUCACUGGAGACAGAUUGCGGUCAAUGCCCCUCGGUUGUGGAACAGCCUCUGUAUCAGGGCAGAGGUUCCUGUCGCUGUUUCACAAAUCUACAUUUCCCGCUCCGCGAGCAUUCCUCUUACAGUCGAAUUCCGUGAACGUGAAGCCGCUUGGCCCGGCGCAGAUAAACGUAGCAUGGCACAUCUUGGUUGUGCUCUUGAUGCAAUAAUGCCUUCGGUCCCUCGUUGGCGGCGUAUAGUCGUUCUGCACAGAUCUUACCCGUACUUUACGCAUGUCUUUCGGGAACUUCGAAAGGCACCCCCCUUGAAGAUGCUUCAGAGCAUUUCUAUGAGAUCACCGGGCGUAUGCGGACCAUGUCCGCUGUUGCUUGGUGAAUCGGCUCCAGCCUUGGAGUCACUUGAAGUUGAAGACAUGCCCCUUCCACCCCCAGUCACGCAGACUUUUGAUGCUGCCCGUUACAGCGUUGCAGGGCUGACCACGUUGCGGUUGCGUGUGCGUGGUAUGGGAGCUGGAAGCUCCCAUGCAGCAACCGAUCCCUCUGCUUUCAGAGCAUUGAUAGGUUCAGCCCCGAUGUUAAGCACCCUGGAAAUCUAUGGACAACCCAUAAACUUUGGCCAGGAGAGAGUCAAUGACGAAGACAUUCUUCCCCUGGAGAUUCCUCGUCUGCGCACUCUGGUCCUUCAUCCAAACACGCAGUAUCCUCGCGAUUUGCGUCACUUUAUCUCGGUGAUCAAAGCACCAACUCUCCGUCACUUUGAGCUAGUCUAUCCUGACAACGCUCCGCCUGGACAAGAUGUAUCCGAUCUUCUAUUUGACCCUUUCCCACUAACCAGAUUUCCUUGUGUGGAGACUGUGCGUCUUCAUAAAGCAGUUAACGCGGACACAAUCUCGGCAUUUAUGAGUGCGUUCCCGGUCGCGACUCGCAUCAAACUCGGCAAUUCGGAUGCUAGCUGGCUUUUCGGAGACCUAACUUCUAAUAACACGCGCAGUUCGCGGACCUCAUCGCAUAUCCAGCACCUCACUGUCAUUUCUCCACUUCACAACACAUUGCUACAGAUGUACAAGUGGCUUCUCGGUGCGACUAGCCAAGCCCAUCGGUUACCGAUAAUAACACUAGAAGGGCCCAUCCGUGUUCUCGACUGCCCUGAAUUUCUUACCCAAUUUUCGAAACUUGCGAGCUGCACGGAAGUACGGCUAUGCGGCGUUGACCUCUCCACGUUGGGGUAGAUCGCUUGGCGCACGCGUCUAUCAUAUAAUUAGUUAGUUAGAGCCUGUUCCCCAAGUCGUAGCCCUACGCUGUGAAUACAAUAAUACACGAGC